CAUUGUCGUUUUGAUGCGUUGGCAGUUGAAAAUUCAUAUCUGUAAUCAAUACGGAUUUCUGCAAUCCAGAAUCUGAAGAUAUAACUUCACGGAAAAGUCUAUAUAACUGAAGAGAGAAGAGCACCAGUUCAUUAAGCAUCGUUCCAUUUUUAGAUCUCUGACAAGGUGAAGGUUAUAUAUUAUCCUUCAAGCAUAAAAUUAGGGGUAUAUGUGCUCCAGGGCGCAAUCUGAAAAAAAGAGCAUGAAGGAACAUCCUUCUAGACAGGCUCCAAAAGGUGAAAAUAAUAUUGAGAGUUCAGGCAGCCCUCGUAGUCGGAAGGUGUCAGCAAGAUGGAAUCCUGGCGAAGCUUGUAGGCCCAUCUUACAGGAUGCUCCUGUGUACUAUCCAAAUGAUGAGGAGUUCAAAGAUCCACUUGGUUAUAUUGCAAGCAUUCGCCCCUACGCACAGCCAUAUGGCAUAUGCAGGAUUGUACCACCUGCAUCUUGGAGUCCACCCUGCCCACUUAGAGAGAAGAAUGUGUGGGAAUUUGCUAAGUUCUCGACUCGAAUCCAGCAAGUUGAUUUACUUCAGAAUAGGGAGCCCAUGAAAAAGAAAAAACAGAGAAAGAGGAAAAGACGAUGGUACUCAAAGAUGGGAUCAACGAGGAGACAACCAAGAGCUCUAGGUUCUGAAUCAAAUACUCAAUCGAACAAUAGUGAUGAGAAGUUCGGGUUUCAGUCAGGGUCUGACUUCACAUUUGAGGAAUUUGAGACGUUUUCCAAAGAUUUUAAAGAGUUCUAUUUUGGGAUGACGGAUCCUGAAGAUGGAGCCUGUGAUGAACCUAAACAGGACAAGGUAUGGCAACCGUCCAUUGAAGAAAUUGAAGGUGAGUAUUGGCGCAUCAUUGAGAAGCCAACAGAUGAAGUUGAGGUGUACUAUGGAGCUGAUCUGGAAACUGGAGUAUUCGGCAGUGGAUUCCCCCAAGAAUCUUUAUCUCCAAAUGCUCGUACUUUAAAUCAGUAUGCGACUUCUGGUUGGAACUUGAACAACUUACCGCGCCUGCCAUGUUCUGUAUUGUGCUUUGAGGAGUGCAAUAUCUCAGGAGUUUUGAUCCCGUGGCUGUAUAUUGGAAUGUGCUUCUCAUCAUUCUGUUGGCACGUUGAGGACCACCAUCUUUAUUCUCUGAAUUAUAUGCAUUGGGGUGAGCCAAAGAUUUGGUAUGGAGUGCCAGGAACUCAUGCUUCAGCCCUGGAGGAUGCAAUGAGAAAGCAUUUGCCAGAUCUGUUUGAAGAGCAACCUGAUUUGCUUCACGAACUUGUAACUCAGUUGUCUCCUUCAGUUUUGAAGUCAGAGGGUGUACCAGUGUACCGUGCUGUUCAGAACCCAGGGGAGUUUGUGCUCACAUUCCCAAGAGCCUAUCAUUCUGGAUUUAACUGUGGGUUCAACUGCGCGGAGGCCGUUAAUCUGGCCCCUGUUGAUUGGUUAGAGCAUGGACUAACUGCAGUGGAGCUCUACAGCAAGCAACGUCGUAAAACUUCACUUUCACAUGAUAAGUUGCUUAUAGGAGCAGCUAGUGAAGCUAUCGAGGCAUUGUGGGAGCUCUCUGCUCUUAAGAAUCUAAACAGUAGAAACGUGAGAUGGAAAAGUUUCUGUGGGAAGGAUGGUAUGCUGACUAAAGCUAUUAAGAGAAGAAUUGAGAUGGAGAAGGAAAGACUGGAGCGA